AUGGGUGAGGACUGUAAAAAGCCCUUCCGCAUUUGUGAGGACCUACAAAAUCUUAUCAUGAUAACCCUUGAACACAUAAUCCUUCCUCUCCGCAAAGAAUUACACAAAUGCAGCGAGUAUUCCGAAAUAUUGAGUCUCGAAAUACAGGACGGCGAGAACAAAACCUUUGAGUACAUUGCUCAGCAGAUUUCUGAAAUAAACAACGUUGACGAAGAGGUCGCCAACGAAAUACUAAAACAUUUUCCACAAUCAGAAGUCUGUUUUCGUUGUCUUGGUAUCGACGAAGACACGCUGCAUGGAUUUCUUUGGAUUCGGGGAUUGGAUUUUUCUCACCUCUUUGAUAUGCAAAAGGAUGAGGUAAUUAACCUCCUAAAGACCUACAAGGUAUCCUCCGAUGACAUUAAGCACAUUUUAACUGGCCUGUCGAAAAUUCGCGGUAAUGUCGAACUUCUGGAAAAUGGUUUGUCUUUCGAAGACGAUACCAGGAACCUGAUUAAGCUUGUGAUCAAGCUCACAGAACCCUCUGACACUACUGUGGAGUCACCCGAGUAUUCUAAUGAUUCAGUUUUACGGGAUCAUCUUCCUCUUGCAUUCGAAGCCCGCUAUUCA